AUGGAGGCUGAGCUCUACUUUUCCGCCUACGAUGCCCUACAUGAGGGCAAUUCCGCUGUACGGCGUCUUGAACUUCGUCUGCAAAACGUCUCCAGCAUUGGGAAGAUUGUCUGGUCUUCGUUUGAUUUUAUGUGUGGACCUGAGAUGAAAUUUGUCUGGGAGGUCACAUCGUCAUCAUCGGUGUCACCUGUGAAUCUCAGUGGAGAGGAAGGUUCGGUGAACGAUGCUGAAAGCCUUGAUUCUUCCAUGUCCACACAAUCUGCUCAGUAUGAGGACAUUGAUGAUCCACUAGAGGUGAUGAUAAACUGGCACUAG